AUGUCAGGGAAGAAACAGAAGAGCCUCCUUUCCUUCUGGGAAGCCAAGGCUCAGAAAACAAAGGCAGGGAGGUCAGUUGAUGUGCCAGAGACUGAGAGGGAGACUGUGACAUCAGGCACCACCAACUCCUACUGCUGGUGCUCAGUAUGUAGGCAGGAAAAUUCCUGUGGCCAUCAAGGUGUCGCAGAUGUGCAGCGACACAUUAAGAGUAAAGCACACCAGUCUAAAGAGCAGGCACUUCAGUCCACAAGUAGGAUUGGACAGUUUUAUCCCCCAGUGACUGUUGGUGGCAUGACUGCACAAGAAUCCAAGGUGACUGGAUUUGACCCCGAAGAUCUGGCAGUAGAUGUUGGGCACUGGUUCAGAGGCAGUACGAACCGUAAAGGUUACCUAACAGAAUUCUGUGACUUGCACGAGUCGGAGUAUAUGGAGAUACUUUCACAUAUCUCCAUCCGUUGGCUGAGCCUGGAACACUGCUUGAAUCGGAUUCUGCAGCAAUACAAGCCACUCUCCAGCUAUUUCAAGUCAGCAAAUGAGAAACAACCACGCUUCACAUGGCUUGCGGAUGCAUUAUCCAACCCAAUAACAGAAGUCUACCUGCUUUUCUAUCAGGCAACGUUGCCAGCCUUCUCCUCCCUUAAUCUCCUCCUUCAGAAAGAGAAAUCAUCUGUCUUCCUUCUCUAUGAAGAGGUAAAAUAUAUGAGGGUUCAGCUCUGUUUAUGCCAUUGGUUUUUCAUCUGCUGUCACUAA